AUGCAUCAGCAUGCACAUGGUAUCAGCAUCGAUUUCAGCACUCCCGCGUCACCAAUUAAAUUCUCCCAUGAGGAGGCAGCUCAUUAUAUCAAAGUUUAUUUUGAUGACUUACAUCCCUUGACACCCUUUCUGGACCGAGCCGACUUUGAGCGGAGAAUCUCGGGGCCAGAAUUACCGGAAUUACUAGCAAAUAAUGCGCCAUUCUGUGCGCUAUAUCAUACUUUGCUGGCACUUGGAUGCCAGUAUAUGGAUGGUGGAUCUUUUGUUCCAGGGAAAGGGAAAGCAUGGAAUUACUUUCAGGUUGCAUUGAGCCUGUUCCCAAGAAUAAUUGCUCCACCUCAAACUUUACUUCACGUCCAAGCACUGGCAGCCAUGGCAGUAUUCACAAUGAGCUUCUCCUGUAUUCCGAUCGGCGAGACCUUGAUGUCCGAGGCCGCAAGGAUCGUUCAAUUGCUGGGAUACAACGCCGCAUACGUUCAAACAGAGAACGAAACAUUGUGUCAUAGAGCUUUCUGGGUUAUAUAUUGGCUGGAAAAAGUUACUUCCUUCUUCCGAGGACGUGGUUCUAUGAUACCCGACUACGACAUAGGCUGUCCUGUUCCAGCAUGUUCCGAGACUGCCCCGGGACAGCUUGAUUGGCUAUUAACGACAGCGCGCCUGGGUCGCCUGAUGUCUCGCACUUACGAAUGUCUUUUUUCCGUGAGUGCGGUCCAGAUGCACACAGCUGCCCGCAUCGCGGCUGUAGACUCGAUGUCUCGCGAGCUAGAAGCUUGGAUUCAAACUCUCCCCGAACCCUAUCAGCCCGGGACCCCACUUCGCUUCUCAAAGGGCAAGAGCCCCUGCGCGCAAGAUAUGGCGCUACAAAUACGGUUCAUAUACUAUGCUUUGGUUAUGUCUAUGUGCCGACUUCGGAUCCAUCUUACAGUCGACCAACCGAAUGAGACAAAUCAAGAGACCAAGCGUCAAUUGAUGGAGACCGCUCGAGCUGUUAUAUAUCAUACGCGUUAUAUUGAGCAUGAGGCGCAUGUUCCAGCCUGGCAACUAGGCAUCGUGCCUAUUUCCGCUCUCUUUGUUAUCUUUGACUUUGUCAUUCAUAACCCAUUCCACAAAGAGACGGCCACCAAUAUCUCGUUCUUGGACAUAGCAGCCGGUUAUUUCAGCCGUUGGGAAAUCAGUAACAGGGAUUCUUUACCAGCAUCAACUGCUGCUGAAUUUUCUCACAUUGCUCGUCAAUUUGUGCGGGAUGUACAAGCUAGGCUGCAGACCACAGACUCACGAAGGACUUCACGCCUCGAGGCAGAUAAUACAGUACCAAUGACAGGCGAGAAGAACGACUCCUCCGGAUUUGCUCUCGAUCCAAACCAGGUAACGAAUGAAGAGUCCUUCAUUCUCCCGGACAUCGAAGCUUUCUCAGCCACUGGACCAGACCAACUAUUUUAUCCUGAAGACCCGCUCCAAACAUUACUUGGAACGUACAUGCCACCUACGACCGACAUAUCUAACAUGUUCAACUCGACUUUGUGGAAUCCGUGA